CGCCGGGGCGUGGUGGCGCCGCUGAAACCGAUGGGUGGGGCGGCGCCGCUGGAGUGAGCUGAGGUUUCACUGAGAGAGAGAAUGCUCGCCGCGAUGGUGUGAAUCGCGCGAAUGGGGCGCCUUCCAAUCUUGCUCGGCGAUCUUUGUCCUCGCUAGAAUGACCCUUCCUCCAUUUGUCUUCUUCCAGCGAUCGAUCAUCAGUCGCGAUGGAUGUGGAGGAGGCCCGCCGCGCGGUCUACACGCGCGUCCAAUGCCUCGACUCGGCAAACGUGCUCAAGAUCAUGGGCUACUUGCUGCUGCAAGACAUUAGCGAGAAAGAGAUGCUUGAGCUGGCUCGCAGCUCCGAUUCGGUGGUGGAGGCAUUCGUCGCCAGAGCCAAGCAGGAGCUGGGAUUGAUCUCAAGCGGCGGUGGCAGCGCUGGCGAUCAGGCGCUGGCGAUCGAUUCGAUCCCAUGUCUCGGUGCCGAGGGAUCGCAAGUUCUUGGUCUUGGAAGCCAGUCCCCGGUGGUGGCACAGGAUUUGAGCGACAUAUGGGAGAGGCCGAGCUACCUCGAGAAGUUGACGCGCGCUGACCACGUCGCCGCGGUCAAUGCCACGUCACCUUCGUCUCCCUCGUGGAAGCCAUGCCUCUAUUUCGCGAGAGGAUACUGCAAGCACGGUAGCGCGUGCCGGUUCCUUCACGUAUCAUCCGGCGAUGAAUCGCUGGAGAAAAUCAGCAACAGCAGCACUAGCAGUGGUGGCAGCAAUGCCAGCAAUCCUCCUCCCGCCAGUUCUUCCAGCGAUCUCACAGGAUCAUCGAUGGUGGAUUCUCUGGCUGGAUUGGAAGCCGAGAUGCGUGAGCUUCUCACCGGGAGGAGAACGCCCGUGUCGAUCGCGUCGCUACCCCAGCUCUACCACGAGAAGUUUGGGAAGUCCUUGCAGGCUGAUGGAUACUUGACCGAGAGCCAGAGGCAUGGGAAAGCUGGGCACAGCCUCACCAAGCUCCUCAUCAAGCUGCGAGCUACAGUAACUCUCAUCGACAGGCCUCAUGGUCAGCACGCUGUUGUUCUUGCCGAGGACGCUCACAAGUUUAUGGCAUAUGGACAAGACUCGAGCGCGAUCGCUGCGAAUCCCAGCUCCAGGCAAAUCUAUCUAACUUUUCCAGCGGAGAGUGGCUUCUCCGAGGAGGAUGUUACUACACACUUCAGUUCUUUCGGGCCCGUACAAGACGUGAGGAUUCCUUACCAGCAAAAGAGAAUGUUUGGCUUCGUCACCUUUACGUACUCGGAGACCGUACGGACGAUCCUGGCGGAGGGAAACCCGCACUACAUAUGUGGAGCCCGUGUUCUAGUGAAGCCGUACAAGGAGAAAGGCAGACAUGGCAACGAGAAAAAAGCGGAUCCAGACGCGAAGCCUUUGCAAAGCCGGAACUUCGAUCGCAAUCGGCACCAGCAAAGCACCGCUUUGAAGUACCAUCUGCAAGAUCAAGCGAUCUCGAGAGCGUUAGGCGAAGAAGAACUUGCAGCAGCUCUUCAGCGGAAGCUUGCUGAGUUUCACCUUGCAAAUGUCCAGCAGCGAAUUGCAGAGUCUUAUCUGGCUACUGGAGCUCCUGCUACUUCACUCGUUCCGGAGGAAAAUCUCAACACCUCGCAGAUCAAAGCCGAGGAACAACAAGAUUCCAGUCAGGUUCAGCUGAACCCUUACAGUUACGUUCUUGAUGUUUUGGAUUUAGAUCCAAAUGAGGAACAAUCUCUCAAGUGCAACUUACAAAGUGAUAAGAAGAUGCCCUCUGAUACCCCUACGUUUUUUGCACAUGAUAUAUUUUGAGAUUCAAGCAACCUCUAGGUCAUUACGGAAACUAUACAAUGAAAAAUGUUCUAAAGGCAUACAUUUUAGAAGGGCGAGAAUAUUGCAAUACAGGAAAAUAUCAAUUUU